AAUACAGGAACUAAACCUACAAAUAAACUGCCGUAACAAAAAUUUUCAGGUAUCAAACAAGGACCACAUAAUAUUGUAAUUUUAUGAACAGUGACUAUCUGAUAUUUGGUUUAGGAAAAUCUGAUUGACCUUUUUCCUCAUUCACGAAAAAUUUUUCAAAACUGGAACUCUCACAUACUCCUUUAAAUUCUUUAUUAAGAACAUAAAGAAGCAAACAGAAAUACUAAGAAUAAGUUUAUUUUAUACUAUUCCGCUUCAUUUGGUUCAAGGCUACUUUAUUCUUAUAUAAUUCAUGGGUCUUUAUUAGAUAUAAGAAUCAAGUAUAAUGUACAUACUUGCUGCAUAAUUGAACUAACUAAAAGAUUCAAUUUUCCACAAUGCUUGUUUGUACUAUUACUUGUCAAUUUACUUGAAUUGGACAUGGAAUUGACUUGAAAUCAGAUUGUUAUUUUCGUUCUUAUCUUGAUUACAUUUGUAUUUUAUUCACAUUUAUAUUGCAUACAAGUGAAAUUUGACUUGACUCAACUCAGUGUUAAAUAAGCAUAUUCCUUUCUGAACCUCCAAGUCUCUUUCUCUUAACGAUGAUUACACUAAUUCUUAAUCGUUUUGUCAAACUGAUGACCUGGGAUGUAGUGGAGAAGGAACUUUACCAGUUUCUUUUAUUUGGUUUACUUUCAUUUAGCACUGAUACUGACAUAUGUGCAAACUUUUGUGCUCAAUGUGUUCGAGCUUGUAAUUUUCAUGUGCAUUACUAUGUAUUCUUGAGAAAAAAAUGUCAACCAUAGUUCUGGGAUGUUGGGGAAUUUGUCUGGGCUCUUAAAAAGAUACUGUUAAGAUGAUGUGUGAUUGUCCCACCCAUUCCUCCAUUAUGAGAUAACUUGGAAGGGGGUCUCCAUUGGGUCACUCCUGCAGUUGAGAGCUUCUUAUGUCUAUAUAAAGAGAGAGAUAGGGGAAGAAAGGGAGCAAAAUUAUUGUCCCAAGGAACCAUUUUCUCUGGUUUAUGGACACUAUGGCUUGCAAGAAACCGGAAACUCUUCAAAGAGAGACAUACAUCCUUCCAUGAGCUUUGGGAGAAAAUAACUUUUCUGGCAACCUUAUGGGUCAAGACACAUGGACAAUUGUCUGAGAGAACCAUUUCUGAUCUCCAUCAGAAUUGGGAGACUAUCAUUUUUGUUCAUUAAUGGCCUGGCCACAUAUUUGUUCGCUGGGUCUCUGAUUUCUUAUGUUUUCUUUGGUUUUUAUGGGUUGACAUGAUAAGGAGUAUCACCCUCUUUCUACUUAAUUUUCCCUCUAGUCUUAAUAAAACAUCUUUUUCUGUAAAAAGAAAAUGAUUAUGUCGGAUUGCAAAAUGUAGGUUUUGUUAUUUGGAAGAAGCCUUUUGUGAAAGCAUUAGUGGUGUUAUGUUCAUUACUUCCAUUCAGUUGUUCCCUUCCCCCACUGGCAGCCUACUAGGAACUUUAGUUGAAAACGUUACAAGAAUAUUAAGUACUAUACAUUAUAUAAUGCUGUAAUGUUUAUUCUUUACUGAAUCUCAUAUGUUUCUUGAUGCAUAUAUAUUCUUUAUUUGUGGAAAUGAGGCAUUAUAAAAGUUUAUAGACCAUGUACAGGGUCCAGGAAAAAUUAUCAAGUUACAAUGAACCAAAUGCAGUUGGCAAUGACGAGAGCAUGGCUACAGCAGCAAUCGCACUGGAAAAAAAGAGAUUGACGUUUGUUUGGCUUGAUGGUGAAGCCCAACAAAAAUACUGUUUUUUCUACCUUCACUCAGAAACCAGCUAUGAAACUUGUGGGCCAAGGAGAGUUGUAACUGAUGUCCCUCAGCUAUUGAUUGUGCGCUAUAUGAGGAAUGUUACUGAAGAUGUUAAGCAUGAGAAGAAGCCAAAAACAAUUUGGCAAUUACAGAAAGAGGAUGUAGAUUCUGCAUCACAGCUUGUUGUUAGUUACAAUGGUUCAGCUGAAAUCCCACAGAUCAUCAAAUGGAUCUCAAAUAUGGUUGAAGAUGGUGACUCUAAGGAUCUCCCCUUCUACAGAACAAAAACUCCUGAGUUAGUUCCCGAGGACGCUGAACCAGUGUGGUCAGGAGAGUCUAAAACCACCAGCAUGAAAAGGAAAGUCAGUAGCAUCUCAAACAGAAUUUCUGAUAGUCUAGGAGAUCCAAGAAUUGGCCCGGCCUUGCUUUUGGGAGCAUUAUUGUAUUCUGGUACCAUCUGGUGGGCAAGAAGUCAGCCAACAGGUCUAGAUCAGUCAAGUCAACAAAGUCAAUCAGAUACCACAGAUGAACCCAGAGAAAGGAAGAGAAACCGGAGAAGAAACUUACCGAAGAAAGAUCUGCCCCCAUCUAUUACUGAUGUAGAACCAAAAGAUGCACAGCAAAUGCCAUUUUUAGAUUCUGACUCUGAAUAAUAAUGCCUUUUAAAGAAUGG